GACUUCUCUUCUCUUCGGACGUGUUGUGUGCAGAUCGCAGAUAGCGGAAGCGAACGAAGCGCGGUUUUGGUUACCAAUUAAGUCGAACGGCAAACGAUCGAACGAUAGAACGAUGAACGAUGGCUUUGUUAGCUGUUCUUGAGGUCUAGCAAAGUUCACUCGUUAGUGGUUUUAGUGCGGAAGCGAAGCUCAACGAACUGUGCGAUCCAAUCCGAUCCGAAAAGGGAUACUGUCAAUCUCCGUCUUUUGCCGAUCCUCCUCCACACUAUUCCGCCUCUCCAGCACCUCUGGUUACGUGUCACAGACGAUUACGCGAUAUAUAUUUUCUUAUUGUGUAUUCUCUUGAGAGGAGAAACAAGUUUGAUUGGAUAGAAGUGCUAGUGCCUCCCCGUUUGGACCCGCACUCGGACCGCUCUCCACCGCUGGCUAACAGCAUCGCGAGUGCCACAGUGCGCGCGCGCAGAUUGCAUUCUAACGGUAAAACGAGUACACGACUCUCGGCUAGAACUGGCCCCAUGCCCCAUGCUGCAUGCCCCUCCUGCAUCUUUCCUCUAGUGGCCUAUUGCAGCAUCCACAAUAAUACUCCACGAGUAAUAGCCACAACAGCAGCAACAUCAGCACCGGCCAGUGGCAGUGCCUCUUCAGCGGCCUCUUCUCCUCUUGUGCUGCUAAUCUUCUCAAUUUACGUUUCUUGUUCGAUGACGACGCAAAGUGCAGCAUGAAAGUCAGCUCCAACUGUGCCCCAAUCCGACAAAUAUGAGGAGUGUGUGUGUACCUCGUAGAAUCUAAGAACGUUCUGUUCUGCAGCGAGCAGCAGUGCCCCAAUUUGGAUUCGUGUCAGUACUCCUGGCUCCGUACUCCUCCUCCUCCUCCUCCUGCUCCUCCUCUCUCGCUCCCGAUCGCACUGCUCUGCACUUGAUCCCAAUUGGAUUUCGGACAGACGCACCAGCUAUAGCAGCCGCAGAAGAACCAGUAACCACGGAAGCAGAAGCCGACGCCGCAUAGGCAAAAUAGUGACAGCUCAACGCUGCAGCGACACCGGCACCAACACCACCAGCAGCACCAGCAGCACCAGCAGCACAGGGGACACCUCGGGGGACACUCGUUCCAGAUGGCUCCCAGUGUCUGCCACGACACUGCCUCGAAGAUGGCACCGCCGCCACCCCCUGCGGCCGCUUCGAAGGCAGCUGCUGGCGGCAGCUCCAGCACCGCCUCGGGGACACAGAAAUGCGGUGGCAGUAGCCUCAAUGGAUCUUUGGCCUCCUACAAGAUGGCUGGCUCCGAACAGAGCUGGCCCCAGGCGCCGGUCUACAGCAAAGAAAAUCAACGACCACCGGUGUACAAUCCCGAGGAUUAUGUGCUCUCGCUGCGAAAGUUCACCAAAGGAAGCAGUGCCUCGAAAAUGAAGUCCAUUUACGACGUCUGCACCACGUCCAGUGCCAAGGAGGAGACCUACAGAUCCUCCACACUGCCAGCAAAGCAUUCGGAGUACAAAUCUCCCAUUCCUGCACCGCCGGAGAGCGACAGCGAGAUGUCGCUCCGACAGUUUGGCUCUAUCACGGAUCUGCUGACCAAACUGAGGGCUGAUCUAAGGGUAUCCUUUCCCAGCUUCGUUCAAGAGUUCGUGGCCACGCCAUCGGAUGGGAUUAGCCAUCUCCUGGAGGUCCUGCGGGCCAUCCAAAUGGCGCAGGCGAGCAAUGCCCCGGCCCCAGUGCCAGGAGCCAGCAAUUCUCUGGCCAUGUCCCGCAAUCCGCAGAGCUACCAGCGCCGGGCACUGCUCGAUGAGCUCUCCUGCCUCCAAUGCCUGAGCAUCUGCUGCUCUCGAUCGCUGGAUGCCAUAGCCCGUUUAGGAAACACGCCUGUGGGCCUCAUGCCGCUUGCUUCCUCGGCUACGGGGCAGGGCAUUCGUGCGCGGAUCCUCGCGUUGCAGCUGCUGGCCUCCGCCUGCGACCGCCAGCCCUUUGGCAGUGGGAGUGGCAGCCAGAAGAUCGCCUCCGCGGGACACACAGCCGUCUCGGAGGCCAUGUCCACGCUUCGAUUGCGAUGCAGUGAACCCGUGCGCUUCCGCCUGCUGGUGGGGAUCCUCAACAGCGGCGGGGGAUCCGGGGAGCUCCAGUGUGCAGGUGUCAAAUUCCUCAACACAUUCAUCGAGAGUGCGGUGAGCAUUCAGCAGCGUCUCUACAUCCAGGCGGAGCUCUUCCAGGCGGGUCUCGAUCCCAGCACUCUGGCGCGGACCAUCUCCUCCUCCUCGCCCUGGCUGGACAGCCUGCGGGCGGAGGUGAAGCGCUUCAACGAGCUCCACAUCGACGUCGACAAGAUGAUGGCCCAGGCCCGCGAUGCGGAUCGCACCCGCAGCCAAAUGGUGAUCCUCGAGCGUCGCGUGCAGAUCCUUCACGAGGAGAAGGCCGUUCUCACGUCCAUGGAGCGGCGUCUGCAGGAGCGAUGCGCAGAGCUCCAGAGGGAGAUCUUCCGCCUGCAGGGGGCGCAGCAGGAGUCCAACUUCAAGCCGGUGGAGUCGCACCAGCCGGUGGCACUGCCACGACAGGUGCCGCCCCCGGGAAAGACCACGAAGCAGAGCUGUUCGGAGCACGAGGACGAGGGCAUCAGUAGCUCCGAGACGGGGGCAUCUCUCAGUCCAGUGCCCAUCCUGGUGCUGCCCUCGAAGGCAGCGAAGAAUCAGCAUCACAAGUCGCUGAAGAUCCCCGUGGACGAGGACGAGGACGAUGCGGCCACCAUUGAGGACGUCAUCGAGGAGCUGGACAACAUCGUCAGCGAGGCGGAGAAGCAGAUCGGCAGCAGCCACCCGUCACGGCAUCGUCCUCCCGUGGAGCAGGACAUUGUCCCGGUGAACAUUGUGCCGCAGCCUCCGAGGAAAUCCCGCUCCCUGGCGCAUCUCGUGCCCCGCACCGACUGCUCCGAGCAGGAGGGUGGCUCCGACUACGGGAUGCUGUUGCAUCAUCCGGGGGAUCCAGCGGCUGCCGAACGACUGGCCGCCAUGCAGACCUUCUUCGAUGAGGCCGACUACGAUGCCCCCGAGACGGAUCAUCCGUCGAGCUACGCCAUGGACUCCCCAUCCCCCGAUAUGCCGGAGGCCAAUGCCGCCGCCACGGCCUACAAUGCCAGCACCAAUCGGGAGCUCCUCGACGUCAUUAUGAAUGCACGGCACGACGAGCACGACCCCACGAUGCAGGCCCUGCGAAAGAGCGCCCAGGAUGGACCCCAGCUGCAGGUACAGGUACAGGUAGUGCCCCACAAGAUGAAGCCACCAGCACCGGCCCCGCCUGCCCCACCGGCCCAGCAGUUCAACGGCGUCUUCUUCAUGACGGGAAUGAACACGCCGCAGCGGUACCCGAAGCCCGACAUCACGGCCGCCCUGCAGGCCCGUCGCGUCACCAAGAAUGUGGAGCGCCUGGAGGCGGCCUUUGCCUCCUCCUCCAGCGGCGGCGCCCACGAGGCUCUCAACGAGGCGGCCAUCAUCGGCAGGGAGAAGUCGCGCAGCAACCAGCAGAUCUACUUCAGCAGCAAUCCGGCCAUGAGGAUGCACCAGGAGCCACCGGUGGGAGUGACGAUGCCCGGACAGAGUCCCGCGUCGCGCACGCGCUCCUACACCCAGGGAUCGAUGUCCAAGGUGACGGAUCUUCCAUGUGGCCUCUACUGAUCCUCCCUAAGAUCCCCUCUCGAAUGAAUCUCGAUCCUAUUCUCUUCAUGAUUCCUGCUCCUGUGCAAUAGCAAGCCACACUCUUAGGCUACGACAGAAACACCCAUCAGAUCGGAUCAGAACAGAACAGAACGGAUCGUAUUUAUAGAACUAUUCAUACAAACGUAUAUCUAUCGUACACAUAGACAUAUAUUUAACUAUAUAUACAUAUAUAUAUAUAUUUUUUUUUUAUCGCAUACAUACAUAUCUCAUGAUCAAUUGUAGUUACGGUGGCAGCUUCAACCGCGGGUUCAUAGCCAAUAAGUAGCGUAGGUAUUUUUUUUUGUGAAACGCAGCG